CCGCCUGCGACGCGGCCUCUCCGAGCGAGCGGGAAGGGUCAGACGGAGGCCCGCCCUUCACGUCCAUCUUCAUUUCAGCUUUUCCGAGUGAGAGCAGAUACAGCACUUGGGUCAUAGGCUCAGAUGGCGGAAGCCUCUGCCCUUCUUUAAGGUCCCGGGACCCGGAUCCUCUGGGCUGCUGCUCCACCAAAAAGUUCUUAUAAUUUAACAGAAAUGGCACACACGACGUUCUGAUCCCGUUUUCUGGAUUGGUCCUUAGAAGAGAGAAGGAGGUAGCUAGGCUGCAAAGAGAAACCUGGUACAUUCUAGAUUAACCGAAAGCCCAAGACAGGGAGCAGAAUAACCAGCCCCGUGCAGGUGACCUCAGUAGUGGAGGGAAAUGAUCCUGAGCCACAACUGGAUAAUGGACCCCUUUCAAGACCCUGGCCCUUUCCUCCCCCCAAGCCUCCCAGGCUGUACAGGAUGCAGCUCCAUGGAUCCUCUGUGCUGGAGUCCAAGGUGAGGGCUUUAAAGGAAAAGAUGACAGCAAGUAAACAGGGAGUGAGCCCCACCACCCAUGAGCAAUCAUCCACCAAGAAAUCCAAAUGCCGACAAGUCAAGCCUGGGAGAGUCCAGAUAUCAGAAGACUCCUCCCUGCCAGAUGCUGUGGAGGUGCCCUAUGCUCAGAAGCUGACUGGCGGGCAGCUGGACAGCAGUGUCAACAAGGAAGAACCCAGGAGCAAUGGGGGCUCCAGGCCUCUGCCCUCGGCCCCUGAGCUUGAGUGUUGGAAUGGACAGAACCCUUUGUCUCCAGAAGUGGUAUGGAUAUUGUCAGACCGUGAGAGGGGUCUAGCACCAGGACCUGACUCUUUGCCAGAGAGCCCUAGCCAGGGAAUUACUCCAGGCUGGCCAGUGGGGCCUGGUCCUUGUAAAAUCACCUGCAUACCCAACCUGAGGAAAGGAAGGUCAGACCCCCUUCAAGAUGCUCUGGUUACAGUGGGAGACUUGGACAGCACAUCCCUGAUCCCUGAGGAGGCCUUUGUCCCAAGAACAGCCCUGCUGGGGACACUCUGGAAAGCUAGAGACCUGGGGACUCUGGGCACUGGGGGAAAUCCCUUGUCCUUGUCUGACCAAGUAGAGAGGAACCGCCUACUGCUGCAGGAGAUGCUAAAGGUUGCAGAACAGAGUCCCCCUAAGACAGCACCCCCAGCCUGGACUCCAUCCUGGAACAGAACUGCACCAGAACGAUCAGCAGGGGACGUGGGCUGGGAAUCAGGCAUUUUCCUGCAGGACUCAGAGCAGAACAGGACUUUUGGUCCCAAGCCGGAGGCCGUGCUGAGCACCAGGCAUGAGGAAGCCAAACAUCUGCUGCAGCAUCCCCGCAUGAAGGCCAGGACCCGGCCCCUCCGUGCCAGCCAUGAUAUUGUGCCUGCCAUUGCUCAGGGCAGCCGAGAUGGCCGGAGAAGUCCAGCCCUGGGCCCCAGGAUGACCUUGGCCUGCAGAGACAGCCCCCAGAGCGGGAGCCUGAGUGACUCUUCCAGUGGGGAAUCCGGCAGUGGGCAGUGGCCCAAACAGGGCAUGUCCACAUCGCAUGUCCGCUUUGAGGAUGAACCUGCUUUUGAAGCUGAGUUUCGUCACCUGAAGCGGCUGCAGCAGCGCCAGCGCCAGGUGCUGAGCACGGAGCUGCAGGCUGUGGGCCAGGGCCCCCUGCGCUCCAAGCCGGACCUCGCAGACUACAUAAACCAGAAAGUGGGGAUGGGCGCAUUCCACAGGCUGGGGGACAGCCGGGACUGCAGAGGCCUCCCUCUGCCCCCGCCCAGCUGGGCCAGUGAGAGGAAGUACCAAGAGUGUGGCCUCUGUCCUGACAGCCAAUGCCCAGACCCGCGCGUCCCCCAGGAGCUGCAGGCUGCCCGGGGGGUGGAGGGCGUGCUGCACGUGUCCCACAGCUCCAGUAUCCUGAGCUCCCCAUUCAGGCUCCUCCUCGCUGAUCCAGGGCUCGACACAGAAAGGCUCCGGGGAACACAUAUUGGAGAGACUACCACAUGCCCUGAGGAGGGGGACUCUGCCCUGAAUAGUGCAGACACCUCUGAUGGCUGCCAGACCGGCAGUGAGGAGGCCAGGACCUCUCUGCCCAUCAAAGCAAGCAGGCAGACUCAAGGCAGUAGCCCCAGACAGUGGGACUCCAGGCCUCAGGGAGGCCUCGGGCAGUCCAGGAAGGUCAAGACAGAGCUGCACGGUGGCCUUCCGGCCUGCCACUCACUAGGGGUAGAAGACACGGAGGUGGGAGAUGAAGUAAAAGAAAUCACAGGCUACACGCCUGUGGGGACUCAGUUUCUGAAAGAAGAUGCCAUCCCUAAGCCUCCUGCCUUGGAACCUGAGAUGGCUGCCUUGGAGUCCCAGAGGCAGCCUGGAUCAGGGCUGGGAAGUCACCAGGCUCACCCUGUGGACCCCUGGGCUCCAUGCAAACUACCCUAUGCUACAACAUCUUCCCUGAAGCUAGCACCUUCUGAGCCAGGCAUAGCAGAUCAGGUUACAGAAAGCCAUGAGUAUCUGGAAACGAUCCAUACUUCCUCCCUGCAACAAAAUCAUGCACAACCCGCUGCCCCCAACCGAACCCAGCACCCAGCCACUUCCCCCUCCCCUGAAGCCUGGGUAGCAUCAAGAACCACCUCCCCUGUGCCUCAUAGGAAGGCAGGGCUGGCUGGACCCUGUAGGCCAGGGGAACAGGAAGAGCCCGUGGGUAACCCCUUGCCACUGCCUCCUCCAAGAACUCCUCUCAGGACCUGUGGGCUCAGCUCCCCACAGACCCAGCCCUGCAUCCCCCAAGCCAGGCACCCACUGCUGGGCCUGUCUGCCAACUGCAACAGCUGCAUUCCUCUGGGACAGCAGGAGCCCUGGGGAACAGCUGUCUACAGGGGCAGGGAGAAGAGGGUCCCCUGCAGCCAGAAGCCAGAUCCACCCUUGGAAAGCAGCAGAGAUGGAGGAUGCCAAUGCUCUCUUGGCUUAGCAGAUGUUGCCGUCUUCAACUCCGUGGGCAUCACCCUCUCCCUGACAUCAGAGGAGCCUGAGUCCUGCCAGGAAGCCGAGGAAGGCCUGCAGAGGAUGGAGUCCAGUUCUGGGAGCCACAUGCUGUCCGGAGCAUCACCAGGGGCCAGUGCAGGGCCCAGGCCACCCUUGGCUGCCCCUUCUGACAGCAAUAAGAAAAGAAGCAGCAGCAUCGCCUCCACCCUGGGGCUGAAAAAGCUCUUCUCGGCCCUGGGUCAGGCUUCUCGGCCCAAGUUGGGCAAGUCCCGCAGCUACAGCGUGGAGCACCUGCAGCCUGAUGCACCUGGCUCAGCUUCACACACCAGUACCCACAAAGUAAAGAGAGCCCCAUCGUUACAGUCCUUCCAUCUGGUGUCACCUUCCCGCCAACAUCGGAAAGCUGCCUCCUUUCAGAACCUCCAUUCUCUGCUGAGUGGCAGGGGGGACCGGUCCAGCCUCUACCUGGUAGAGGGCCCAGGGUACCCCAGUGCACCUGGCAGGCCGGCCAAGGCCCCGCCCCGGCGCGCCCUCAGCGUGGAGGACGUGGGUGUCCCCAGCCUGGCUCGCACUGUGGGCCGCGUGGUGGCGGUGUUCCCGGAUGGCACGAGCCAGCUGCAGCUGCAGCGUUCCCCCGAGGGCACCUUUGGCUUUCGUGUGGGCUCCGGGAAUGGGCGCAGGGACUCAGGGCUCUACGUGCAGGAGAUGGCUGACCUGGAUACUGCCAAGCUCUACUCUGGGCUGCUUGGGGUGGGGGAUGAAAUCCUGGAGGUGAACGGGGCCAAGGUUGCCGGGCUGGGCUUGGCUUACAUCAAGGAGCUCCUGGCCCAUUCAGAGUGCUUGUCAGUUCGCGUCCUGAGGCAGAGGCCUGUCCUUCAGUGACCCAGAAAUGCUGCUGGCCCAACUACCACCCUGUCAGGAGCUCUGAGCCGGCUGGGAAUGUGCUGCACAGAGCUGCUUUGUGGACGGAAAGCACAGAUCGUGGUGGCAUCCAGCCCCUCAGGCUGUGGCAGGACUGCUGUGAUUGACUACCCAAGGGAUAGGCAAGGAGCCUGUGAAUGUAUUUUGUUUAAGGCCAUUAAUUUAUGCAGAACUGGGGAAAGAAAAUACCGGUCUCUUUCCAUACUAGAGAUGGUGACAUCUACUUGUCCCUUUGGGGGUGGGGGUGGGGAAGAGAGAUUCAGGCAGUCCUUUGGUGGGCCUGAGAGCUGGCCUCACCUCCAGGUGCCACUCUUGAAAAGGCUCGCCCGGCCUCCAACACUCCAGACAGAGAGUGGAUACCUUGGCCCCGACCGAGCCCUUCCCUUUCAGCCACACUUCUCCUCCCUCUCAUUUGCCACCUUUGCUCUUCAUCCAGAAAGGGGCAGGCGUCCUGGAGUAGCAGCUGCACAGCCAAGGACCACAUAUUCCAAACCAAACAUCAGAAUGCAUGCUCUAACCAGAGUUUUAUGGCCCUUCUGGAUGUAAGAACAUGUGGGAGAUGUUAUCUGGUAGCCAGAAUAUUAAAAAUUUCUAGGAAAUUUUCAUGAUAUAUAAAGUUAAAGGGGAAAAAUAAUGAAACCAAAGCCAGUUUCAGAGUGCAGCUGUGGUAGGCAGGACCCGGCCAGUGGGAUGGUGGAACCCACUGGCCCCCCUUCUUCCCUCCACCCCUGCCCUGCCCCCUCCCCUCCGCCUCUGCCUGUAGGAGUUGCAGUUCUGCAGCUUGGCCUGGGUCUUUGUUCUCCUGUCCAGCUUGGAGACAGGGCUGCAGCUGGUGUCUGGCUGUCCCCCAGCUGCAGGCUUCCUGUCCAGACCUCCCUGGUGGCAGCUGUGGGUGGGCAGAGAGGCAGCAGGGAGGCUCCAGAGAGCAGGCACUGGCCAUCCUGCCUGGGCACUUCCUGCUCUACUACACCUGGAUACUGCCCAGAGGGUUGGGACUUUUCGAGUACAUAGCUGUGUGUCAGUCUUAAAUUAUUAAAAUGUAAAGCUGAAGCUUCUCCACUCUGAGUUGUAAAAUUCUGGGCUCAGUUGACCUUCAGCAGGGGCUGAAAGACACAAAUAUGUUGGUGGGCGUGCCAGAAGGGAAGGCUGGGGAGGCCCCAGCUGCAGGGUCACAGCCUGUUACAUGCAGAAGCCUCCAGAGAGUAUUGGGCUGGAAGAGGAGCCCUGGGCAAUGUUUAUGGUGAGGAGAGAAUGAAGCUAAGAGGCCUUGAGAGAUGCAGCUGAGGAGAACUCAGCUGUUUGUACCUCCACAGGUUACUGGCUGUGGUCAAAACCAAAACAGGAGCUUCAGCAGAACUGGUUGAAAUGAGCAUCCCAGGCAGCUCUCAUGGGGCAAGGAGGAUGCUGAAGCAGGCCUGUGGCUGAGGACAGGCAACGGUGGUGGUGGUGUGCGGGGGUUGUGUUCUCCUGAUCCAGGGCCUUGGCAGCAGGAGCCAGGAAACAUCCCUCCCUCGUGCUCUGGGACUGGGCCAAGGGCAGGGCUCUAGGAGCCCCAAGCACACAGGAUGGGGAGGUGGGAGCUGCCAUGGGCUUGGGGAGCAGGGAGGAAGGAACUGUGGCAGGUGGGCAGAGGGGCCAGAGCAGCAAGGGGUUGAGGCUUCAGGCUGUGAAGGGGGUACUGGGAGACACCUCAGACAAAUCUCACACCUCAAAGUGUAGAAAUGGCCACAGCUGGAAAUUACAACUGUGAGACACACACCUCCUGUACUCAAAUUCCUGGCCGUAAACUCAUGAAAUUUCAGUUUGAAAAAAAACAUUUCAGGGCUAGGGGUACAGCUCAGUGGUGGAGUGUUUGCCUAGAUUGUGCGAGGCCCCG